CGCGGGGAACGUCAACGAGAUUGGAAGGGAUUCGUAGAUUGGAUGGCAGUCCACUUUCCGUUCCAACCGAUGACAUGAACUGAUGAUGGUACAAUGAAAAUGUUGAGUGCAGAGUUACUAACGUUACUUGAUUUAACGUUUUCGCUGAAAUUAUUUCCUCAAACUAUGGCAACUGAAUGCGAGGCAUGGCUGAAUGCUAAUCCCGUUGAGGCCGAUGAUCUGAGCGACUCCUUUAUAUCUGGUGAUGAGGAAAAAGGACACACCAGAAAAAUUGAUAAUGAGAUCAAUGGCAACUGGAUCUCAGCCCCGACUUCAAGCAUCCAAGAGGCCAGACUGAAGGCUAAGGCCAAACGGCGCCUGAGGAAGAACUCCUCCCGAGACUCUGGCCGCGGGGACUCGUUGAGUGACAACAGCGAUGGAGUCCGAGUGCACACCGCACCCCCCACCAGCCCAAAGAGCAAACUGAUGGACAGAAAAUCUCGCUUGGGCAAAGGAAGGGGACUACCUAAGAAAGGUGGUGCUGGUGGUAAAGGGGUAUGGGGAACCCCAGGAGAGGUGUAUGACGUUGAAGAGGUCGAUGUGAAGGACCCAAAUUAUGACGACGAUCAGGCAAGCUGCGUUUAUGAAACAGUUGUGCUUCCUCUGGAUGAAAAUUACUUUGAAAGAACAGUCACCCCAAUAGUACAGGAGUAUUUUGAACAUGGGGACACAAAUGAAGUAGCGGAGCUGCUGCGUGAGCUGAACCUGGGCUCCAUGCGCAGUGGCGUGCCCAUGCUGGCCGUGUCCCUGGCCCUGGAGGCCAAAGCCAGUCACCGGGAGCUCACGUCGCGGCUGCUCAGUGACCUGUGCGGGAAGGUGCUGAGCCGCGCCGACGUAGAGGGGUCCUUCGACAAGCUGCUUCGAGAGCUGCCGGACCUGGUGCUGGACACACCUGGCGCUCCGCAGCUGGUGGGCCAGUUUAUUGCACGGGCUGUAGCUGAUGACAUUUUGUCCAAAACCUACAUUGAGAGCUACAAAGGGAAAGUGGACUGUGAACAUGCAAGGGCAGCACUAGACCGUGCAGUUGUACUUCUGAAAAUGAACAGAGGAGGGCUACGCAUCGACAACCUGUGGGGGACUGGGGGUGGCCAGAGACCUGUCAAUCAGCUAAUCAAAGAGGUCAAUCUCCUGCUGAAAGAGUACCUCCUGUCUGGGGACACAGUAGAGGCAGAGCGCUGUCUAAAGGAGCUUGAAGUUCCACAUUUCCAUCAUGAGUUCGUCUAUGAGGCUAUAGUCAUGGUGUUGGAGUCCAAAGGGGACAGAGCAUUACAAAUGAUUCUGCAGCUUCUAAAAUCUUUGUGGAAGUCAACGGUCAUCACAGUCGAUCAGAUGAGAAGGGGAUUUGAAAGGAUUUACAUGGAUAUUGCUGAAAUCAACAUUGAUGUUCCCAGUGCAUACUCACUCUUGGAGCAGUUUGUUGACAAAAGUUUCAAUGCUGGAAUAAUAGACAAAAAACGUAGAGACCUCUGUCCAUGUCGAGGACGGAAACGUUUCAUCAGUGAGGGAGAUGGUGGACAUCUCAAAUUUGAAAUAUACUGAGGAACUUGCAGCAGCUGUCAUUUUAGCAGCUUUAAAAAAAACAAAAAAAAACUGGAGCUACUUUUUAAAAAUCUUCAUAUUUUUGUCAUAAUCUAGGUACAACCCCUUCUCUUCCUGUCAAGUAAAGAAUGUAACCUUUUUAAAACGACAGGGUUUAAAAAAAAAAAAGAAGCAAAAAACAGGCACUUUUUGAAAACCGAAGGAGUUAAUUAUGUACAGUAGAUGUAGUCACCUUGUUAAGGUGCUUGGAUAUAAGCUAACCCAGAAAGUGCCACACCUGGUUUUGACAGUCAUUCCAUGUUUUGUACUCUUGAGUUCACUGCCACUCCUUUACUGUAGUCAGCAGUCUUUGUAAGGUCAGUUGUUUGUUUGAAAAGCUUUAUAUAAGUGGGCAUGUUGGUCUGAGCCCCGCUGCUAUUUGUAUGCCAUUGCCUGAGUUGUUUUUUUGUUUUUGUUUUCCCCUUCGGUCAUACAAAACAUCAUUACUAAAAGAUAAAGAUGGCACUGUAGAGCAAUGGAAAAAAUGUAUAAUUUCACAUAAGGGUAUCAAGAACGUUUAUUUUUAUAUUUCAUAACACUUGGGUGUGAAAUGUACCAAAAAUUGCUCUGUGGUAUGUCUUUAAAGUUAUUAAAAACAAAUGGAGAAAACCACAA